GUAUUCUCCCGGACCCCUUCGCCGUCGACGACGAACACUUCAUUCUCCACGAACUCGAUGGUGGCAAGCACACUCUCGGCCUCGCUUGGGCGUGCUCUUCGCAGCAGCGCAGCGCGCUACCCUCGCCGCCCAUUGCGGUCGUUUGCGACUGCAGCCAACAUCCCUCACCCCCAGCUGCAGACCUCGACCCUUCCUAAUGGCCUGACGGUUGCAACUGAGACGCACCCUCACGCGCAGACAGCGACGGUGGGCGUGUGGAUUGACGCGGGGUCGAGGGCGGAGACGGACGCGACGAAUGGCACGGCACACUUCCUCGAACACAUGGCGUUCAAGGGCACCAACCGCCGCUCCCAGCACCAGCUCGAGCUGUCUGUUGAGAGCCUCGGUGCGCACCUGAACGCGUAUACAUCGCGCGAGCAAACGGUGUACUACGCCAAGUGCUUCUCCAAGGACGUCGGCACGAGCGUGGACAUCAUCAGCGACAUCCUCCAGAACUCGACCCUGGACGCCGCCGCGAUCGAGAGGGAGCGGGACGUGAUUCUGCGCGAGCAGCAGGAGGUGGACAAGCAGUUGGAGGAGGUUGUCUUCGACCACCUGCAUGCUGUUGCCUUCGCCAACCAGCCCCUGGGACGGACCAUCCUCGGCCCUAAGCAGAACAUCCUCUCCAUCAAGCGCGACGACCUCUCGUCGUACAUCAAGACGAACUACACUGCCGACCGCAUGGUCCUCGUCGGCACUGGCGGUGUCGACCACGAGCAACUCGUCAAGUACGCCGAGCAGCACUUCGCCAACCUCCCUGUCUCUCCCAACCCCAUCCCCCUUGGCCGCCUCUCUCACCCCAAGACCAAGUUCACCGGCGCCGAGGUCCGCAUCCGUGAUGAUUCCCUCCCGACUGCGCACGUCGCAAUCGCCGUCGAGGGUGUCGGCUGGAGCUCGCCCGACUACUUCCCGCUGCUCGUCAUGCAGAGCAUCUUCGGCAACUGGGACCGCUCGCUCGGUGCUGCCGGCCUCAUGUCCUCGCGUCUGUCGCACAUCAUCUCGUCGAACAACCUCGCCAACAGCUUCAUGUCGUUCUCGACGAGCUACUCGGAUACGGGUCUCUGGGGUAUCUACCUCGUCACCGAGAACCUCAUGAACAUGGACGACUUGGCGCACUUCACUCUCCGCGAGUGGACGCGCAUGUCCAUCGCGCCCACGGACGUCGAGGUCGAGCGCGCCAAGAGCCAGCUCAAGGCGUCUCUCCUCCUUUCUCUCGACGGCACCACUGCCAUUGCCGAGGACAUCGGCCGCCAGCUCGUCACCAGCGGCCGUCGCCUGACGCCCAAGCAGAUCGAGUUCAUCGUCGACUCUGUCACCAAGGAGGACAUCAAGCGGGUAGCGCAGAAGUACCUCUGGGACAAGGAUAUCUCUAUCGCUGCUGUAGGUCCUAUCGAUGGUCUCCUCGACUACAACCGUAUCCGCGCGGACAUGUCGUCGCUGCUCUACUAGAGCGGUGAAUGGAGGUAGUCGUGUGGGACAUUGUUGUGUAGUUAUCGUCGUAAUGCUAGCCAGCUUGCGAGUAGACUAAAAGUAUCUACACCUCUUCUUCUAGACGAGAGUUGGCUUAAUUUCCGUUCACC